ACCCCUUACCAAUAAUAACAAUAGAUGACAACAUAAACAGCAGCCUUAUCACAGCAAAUCAAACAGGAAAAGAAAAGAUCAAAGAAAUAAAGAGGCUUACAGAACAAUGGAGUGACAUCAACAUGUACACAGAUGGCUCUAUGGAUCCAACAGAUGACAACAAUGUGAAAAUGG